AUGUUUGAUCCACUUGACCUAUACAGUGCAGAAGAGAAUGGUGUAGCAACAACGACACAUUUUGCUCACGAGAUGAAGGACAGGACAGUUAAUACAGCUACGCACGAAAAUCCUGUGUCAAACGAUAAGGACGAUGAGGACGAUGAUGAGACAUUUUUAAUCGAUCACCUAGAUCUUCCAUCCGUAAUGUAUGCAACACCAAAGAUGGUUCUUUGUGUCCUGCGUCUUCUGAGACCUGACAAACAAGUCAACUUUGAUACCUCGAUGAGUGAAUCUCGAUCAAUAACUCAGAUUUGUACAGAGAAAGACAUAACUCCAAAUUUACUAGAUGCAUUAUUGGCGUGGUACACAGAAAUAUGGCCGAACCCAAGAUUAGAUAGCUUGGAAAAGAUCUGUACAAAGAUACCGAGAUUAAGAAGCACCUCUGAUAAACAAUUGAUGCUAAAUUAUUACACUUCAAUUCUGAAGAAAUGUGAAGAUAAUGGUAUAAACUCGUAUGCUAAGGGGAACAUACGAGCUGAUCUCGUAAAAGAAUUGAGUAUGAGAAUAUCAGAAAAUUGUGGACGCACUGCACAACCAUCGAUGACGAGAGAGUUUAAUUUAGAUAAUGUGGAACAUGUGAUUCAACUUUAUGAGCCCUCCUUGACGGCAGAUAACUUAGGUUGGAAAACAUGGGGUGCUUCUUUGAUACUUUCACAGAAGGUAGUUAAUUUAUUGGAAAAAAAUAAAGAUCAGAAACAUAUCCAUCCUCUCAGAGUACUGGAACUUGGCUCCGGAACUGGUUUGGUUGGGAUAGCAUGGGCUAGUAAAUGGAGACAAUCAUUUGGUACUGAGAAUAUAGAGAUGUUUGUGACUGAUUUGCCAGAUAUUGUUGCAAAUUUAAAGAAGAAUGUUCAAACAAACGAUCUGACUACUUUUGUUGAAGCAGAUAUACUAGAUUGGACCAAUCCAGAUGACUUUAUAGAGAAACAUGGAGACGAAAAAUUUGAUGUUAUUCUUGUUGCUGAUCCAAUCUACUCUCCCAAUCAUCCAGAAUGGGUUGUUAAUAUGCUUUGUAGGUUUUUAAAGGAUAAUGGUGUGUGUCAUUUCGAAAUACCGUUAAGAGAUAAAUAUGCCCGUGAAAGAGAGUUGCUUUCUCAGUUGUUAGAAAGGAAUAAUUUUUCUGUGAUCAGUGAAGAUUUCACAGAUGGGUUAGAUGACUGGGGUGCUGUAAAAUAUGUUUAUAAAGAGAUCGUUAAAAUGUGA